AUGGCGGACGCGAGCACCAAGCCGGCAGGCUCCCAGCCUCCGCCCAAUGUCACAUACCGUAACCCGAGACGGACGUCGCCCGAGAAUUCUAUAACUCUCCGACAUCAUCGUCUCGGCCGCGAGGGCUCCAAGAGGAACUCGCCCAUAGUUGUACCCAAGGUAUCCAUUACCGACUCCACCCGGCGCCACUCCUCCGACGAGAGCAACGAAACAGCUGCCAGCGACCCUAUGCGAUGGUUCGAUAGAUCGAAUGAACGCCCGAACGCGGGGGUGGCCGCAAUGGACGUCGAUCCACCAUUUUUCCAAAAAGAGACGGAUUCCUCCAACGAAGACGACCGCUUGGUACCUUCCCAGAGUCCGGCCUACAGGAUGCUCCAGAAUCGCAACCAAUCUGGCUUGCUACGCCCUGGUCUUACGCACAGCAGCAGCGCCGACGAUUACCGCAGCAUUGUCGACGAUCUUACCAUUGAGAACAAGCGUUUAAGGGAAGAGUUGAAGAGAUACAAGCAGAUGGGACCCGACUCGCUCCGCAGGGAAAAACUGUUCGAGGUCAAGGUACACGGGCUGCCUAGCCGGAAGCGCAGGGAACUCGAAGCUACCCUUCGGGAUUUUACUACCAGCCUCGACGGGUCGAGUGCGGGGGCUUCACCAUCGCGACGCAAGGACAAGUCCAAGGGCAUGUCAAAACAUGCCUGGUCUUCUUCAGGAUCGAACAGCCGGCGGAACAUAACCGAUUCAGCUUACGCCUCCAUGUCGACUGGAGCUGGCUCUUCCGACCCAUCCCUCCCCCGCCGCCUCUCCAGACAAAAGUCGGACAUGGCCGUUGAGCAAUAUCUACAAGAUGUGCCCGAAGGCCUGUGGCCACAAUCCAGCCUACUCACGGAGAAGGCCAAGAAGAAGCUUGUCGUCCGACGGCUGGAGCAGCUAUUCACGGGCAAGGGAUUAAACAAGCAGCCAUCCGCUGCCACAGUUCCACCAGCCAUUGGCGAGGAGGUGGAAAUGUCGGGCACUUCAGAUGUAAAGGUUGUACCGUCUCACUUGCCUUCAGUUGAACCAAACCGAGAAGCACAGAUUUUACCCGGUCCUCGUCAGAAAGAAAGUCAUUCCCGGGGUAAUAGGUCUGCCUCAAACUCCAAUGAAGACCAGGCGGAUUCUAGAGAGAUCGGAAGCGGUAGCGGAAGUGGUUUCAACGAAAAUGAGACAUCACCCCCGGACGACAAGCUCCCGGAGCAGCGCCCGACCCGUCCCCGAGAUUUGGAUCCCGACCGUACCCAAGUGCCGUCCGAAAACAUGGAUUACAUUCGACAUUUGGGCGUGACGGCUCCCGAAACACACCGACAGUACUCUGCUAAGGAUGUUUCACCAGAUGCUGAUGGCUGGGUCUACUUGAAUCUACUCGGCAAUUUGGCACAGCUACACAUCUUGAAUGUUACACCUGCAUUCAUCCGGUCCGCCGUGGCGGAGAAGAGCACGCAGUUUCAAUUGUCACCGGAUGGUCGCAAGAUCCGUUGGCGGGGAGGUGAGGAGAACACCAAGUUCAGCAGCGACAGCAGCGGAAGCAACUCGCAGCACGGGCAAUCGAGCCCCGACUCGGACGGCUCCAACGCGCAUGAUCAGCGCAAAAAACAGAAAACUCAACUCGCCACGGGAAACGAUGUCACGUCGGAGCCUUCAAAAUUUGCACAGCAAGUCUCCAGUUCUGACGACAGUUUCCAUUACAAGCCAAUGUUUGUCCAUCAGCAAACGUCAUGCUCGGAUGAUCAGCCGUCCCUGGGAGAUGAGACGGGAUCAUCGUGCGGCCAGCAGGACGAGAGCAACCUGGGCAUGAACUCGCGUUGGAACCAGAGUGGCGUGUCCAGGGUUUCACAGCGCAAGCGCCGCCGCGACGGUGCAAUCAUAUACUACACGGGUGCUCCGUUCUGCACCGACCUGUCGGGGGAUUUGGGGGAUGUCUCCACCGACUCCUACAACAUGACCUCAUCCGGCAACGAGCCCCCCGCCAUGCAGGGUCCUGGGUUCCGCCGCAGCGAUUCUGGAUCGUCGAUCCCAUUCAAGCCACUCAGCAACUAUGUAUCCCACAGGGCCAUGAUGGAUCUCGAUUUCGCUCCUCCAGAAGCUUCCACGCCAUCCGACGAGAGCGAUCUUUCUGAUGAGAUUGAUGGGGAGCUUACCUGGUCGGACUCGACGCAAACCUGCAAAUUAACAAAUUUCGAGGCCAGUGGUCUUGGAGGUGUUACCCCUGAUGAUCAUUUUGUGGUUGUCGUGUCCACCCGUAGGCCUAAAUGCGUCCGGAAGAAUGAGCCACCCCAGCGACCCAAGCCGGUAGAACGGCGAAGCGACGACUCCGCCUUGUCCAGAGACACUACCGAAUCAAUUGCUGGGCGCCUUGCUUUGAUGUCUACGGGAUCGCCACAGCAGAUGCAGGGUUAUCAGACGGUCGAGCCGCAGGUCGCUAUCGAAUAUCUUACUGGAAAAGUGCAACGGCUGCCGCCCACUCCCCUUCCCCCACCGACCUUUUUCUUUGGGUCCUCAGACAAGACUUAUUCAUCGACCGAGUCUGACAGCGAAAGCGACGAUGAUGCAGUGAUCAGUCGACGGUUAAUAUAUCGUCCGGGUCAGCCAUUCUCUGCGAAUGGAGAACUGUCAUCAAACGAUGAGGAGGACGAGCAUUCCGACGACGCAGAUGAAUAUGAUGAUAGCGGCAGCACUUCCCCAGAUAAAGUCGGGGAGCUGAAAAGGCCUGGCGCUGCACCGAGUAUCGGACGACGUAGUACACAGAUGUCCCUCUCCAAGAUGACGACGGGAAGCUCUGUUGCCACAGCGGGUGGUGCAAUAAGCGGCUACAGCAGUAUGGGCGAUUUAUAA